AUGACCAAUGUAACAAAAAAUCAUACUUUAAGUGAAGACAUUUACAUUGGCUAUGAUACUUAUAUAGUAGAAUAUUGUUUUGAACUUUUAAGAUUUAGAAAUAGAAUACCCUUUGUGGCACAUAGAAUGCGCAAUCCCGAGCAAGAAUUGAUGCAGAUUCUUCGUAAAAAUAAUAUAGUAGAUGAAAAUUAUAGUUUGUAUUCAAAUUUACAGUCUCAAGAUGUAGCAGUAUUAUCUGAUAUAUUUUAUCUACUAAAAAUACCUAAAAGAUUUUUAGAAUUUUUAGAAGAUUAUAUUUCUAAUAUAUCUUUCCCAUAUAAGUUUAGUGACAUUAAAAUAUUAAGGAUCUAUAAGAAUAUUAUAGAAAAAUAUAAUUUUACAGAGAAUAAUCAAAUUUAUUGUAAAAUAUUAGCAGAUAAUCGCAAAUGUGAUUGUGUUACAGCAGCUAGAAAUUCGAUUAGUGAUAAAUUUAUUAAUUUAGACACAAAAAGUCUUAUUCAGGUAUUAGAUUCAGUAAGUACUAAAGAUAAAUACAAUGUUUUAAAUUUACUUUUAAUCAAAAAUUUUGAUAGAUCCAUAUUAAAAACAGAUACAAUUUAUGAAAAAAAUUUUCUAGUUUAUUUAGCUUACUUUUUAAGUAAAAAUGAUUUAAGUAUAAAAAUGAUGAGAUAUCAACCUAAAGUUCUUAUUAAUCAUAAUAUUUAUUUAGAUUAUAUAUUAACAUUAUCUUCCGAAGAAAACAAAAAGCUUAUAGAUCUUUCUAAUCUAUUUAAAUAUCUUAAAAGAAAAAAUAUACACAUUACUUAUUUUUUACUUCUUCACAAUUUAAGUAGAUCUGUAUUUAUUCUUAGGAGUGAGUUAAUUAAAUAUCCUGUUAUAGAAAUAAUAUUAGAUUUCCUGUCUGAUAAUACUAACCAUAAAUUUGAUAUAAAUACUUAUAUUGAGAUUAAUAAAGAGAAAUAUAGUAUUGAUUACAAUUAUAUUUAUAAAGAUUUAGAGACUGAUUAUAUAACAGUAUUAUUAAACAUUCUAACAAAUCUAUUACUUGAAUUUGGAAAUUAUCGUGCAGUUUUUAAAUCUUUAAACGGGUCACAUGUAUUAGAAAGAUAUUUAGAUAAAUACACACUUGAAGUAUUAAGAUUGUAUAAAAAUUAUUUGUAUGACAAUGAUAUUGAAAGUAAAAAAGAUUUCUUGCAGCGUGGAGAUAUUUGGUUUAAAAAUUUUUUUAACAAGUACGAUGAACAGAUAUAUGAAGUAUUGUUUAAUUUGAUACGAAAUAUAUUUUGUGAUAAAUUAAUUAUUGGUGAUUAUUUAACAGACACUUUAUUUCUACAUUUAAAAGAAAAUAAUACCACACAAAUACUUUUACAUCUUUUGUAUGCAAUAGGAAAUGUUUGUGCAUAUGACAUCCAAUUUAGAGAUAAAGUUUUAAAUAAUAACAGUGUAUUAGAAAGAUUAAAAGACCUUUUUAUAAUCAGUGAAUUACAGCUACCUUUAGUUUGGAUUAUAAUAAAUUUAAGUUGGAAGGAUGAGGGGUAUAAAGAACGCGUUUUAAAAUUAAAUUCUGAAGGAUUUAAAGACAUAAUAUUGCAAUUAUCACGAACCAGUGGAGUAUUGCUUGAUAAAAUACAGACAGCAAUAGAAAACUUAUCACAAUGA